GUCGCCGUCGCCGAUGUGGGUUAGGGUUUCUGAGGAGGUGACAGUUGCCGUCGCCGAUGUGGGUGAGAGCGAGAGACCAAUGAAAUGCACAAGAUGCAGAAAGAGGAGAGAGGAGAGGGGAAUUAGGCGAGAUGAGGUGGAUGGUUGAUGUGGAUUUUCUCUGAUGUUUUGCAGAAAGAAGAAGAAGGGAAGAAGACCAGAGAGAAGAUGAUAUGAGAGAGCUCAGAUCAGAACGUCAAAAAAACAAAGUGAAAUAGGGGCGAUACGCGGGCAAUAGGGAGGUUUUAGAAGGGAUGUUUUUGAAUGAGUUUCAAAAAUUGGGACAUUAUUGAAUAAAACAUUGUUUCCGGGGACAUAGCCACCAAUUUCCCAAAAUUCAAUCCUAUAUAAAACCGAGAAUCCCCUAGUCCGCGGCUUUCCAAGAGCGGAAACCAAACAUAACAGAACACAACACAAAGGCUUCGUAGCCGCCAGCGGCGGCACACACAAAACUCAGCCGCCACCCACUCUUCUUCAUUGAAUCAUUUGCUCAUAUUACAACCUCCUCCUCCUUCUUCUUCUCUUUGCCUUUGCUUUUUACAUAUAUUAUAGUUGGUAAUCUGUAAACCCAUUACAUUACAAGUUACGGUUUUGGCAUACAGGCUAAGGCUGCUGCAGCAUAGAUAAACUUUUUCGAAUGGCUCUUCGUUUUGAGGUUUUAGGUAGGUUUAACCGUGCUCGAGCAGCUAGACUGACCCUCCCUCACUUCGUGUGCCAGACGCCUCUUUUCAUGCCUGUGGGAACACAAGGAACUAUAAAAGGGUUGACAACUGAACAGCUUGAAGAGAUUGGUUGCCAAAUAAUACUGGGGAAUACAUAUCAUUUGGCACUUCGUCCUACCUCUGAGCUUAUUGAUGAUUUGGGAGGUCUCCACAAAUUUAUGAACUGGCCAAGAGCAUUGCUUACUGAUUCUGGUGGCUUUCAGAUGGUUUCAUUGUUGCAUUUAGCUGACAUCACUGAAGAGGGUGUAACAUUUCAGUCACCAGUUGAUGGGAAGCCAAUGCUCUUGACACCUGAAGAGUCAAUUCAAAUCCAAAACCGAAUUGGAGCAGAUAUUAUUAUGGCCCUUGAUGAUGUAGUCAAAACCACCAUCACUGGUCCAAGAAUUGAGGAGGCCACAUAUCGCACUAUACGAUGGAUAGACAGAUGUAUUGAAGCUCAUAAGAGACCAAAUGAGCAGAACUUAUUUGGUAUUGUACAAGGUGGCUUAGAUCCUGUACUAAGAGAUAUAUGUGUUAGAGGCUUGGUGGAUCGGAAUUUACCUGGCUAUGCUAUUGGUGGUCUUGCUGGUGGUGAAAGUAAGGAUUCAUUUUGGCGUGUUGUUGCACAGUGUACUGCUUCAUUGCCUGAAGAGAAACCACGAUAUGUUAUGGGUGUUGGCUAUCCACUGGAUAUUGUAGUUUGCAGUGCUCUAGGUGCUGACAUGUAUGACUGUGUUUAUCCUACACGUACUGCUCGCUUUGGUACAGCUCUUGUACCCGAGGGAGUGCUCAAACUCAAACACAAAGCGAUGGCUGAUGAUACCCGUCCCAUUGAUCCUACAUGUGAUUGUAUGGUCUGCAAAAAUUAUACUAGAGCUUACAUUCAUUGCCUGGUUACAAAAGAUGCUAUGGGAUCUCAGCUUCUGUCAUAUCACAAUUUGUAUUACAUGUUGAAGCUAAGUAGAAAUCUGCACUCAUCAAUAAUCAAGGGAACGUUUCCAGAGUUUGUACGUGAAUUUCUGCAAACCAUGUUUCCGAAAGGUGAUGUCCCUGAAUGGGUUUGCAAUGCCAUGGAGGUUGCUGGAAUCGAUAUCUCUUCCUGCUGCACUCCAUUUUCAUCACCCCAAGAUUAGGAAAUACGAAUGUACACCCAACACAGGUUAGGCUUAUGCAAAUUUUGACAGAAGAGGUUGACAUUGAGGAAAUGUAGACUAGGUAAGGGCAACAUAAAUUUUUGUUGUCCUUAUUUUGUUUCACUAGAAAUUAUAGGAUGAUCUUAUCCGCCAGUUUUGUCUCUAUUGAUUGAUUAAACACAUUGCAGCUUUAGCUGCAAGAGAUACGAUUCUAGAGCCCCAUUAAAUCUAAGAUAGAAUAUUUGGUUUACGGUAUGGGGGAAAGGCAUGUAUAUGUGAUAAGAUUGUUAUCAAUUUUAGGAU